AUGGGGUGUAGCAGUUCUGUAGCUGACAGAAGGUCAGAGAGAGUCAUUAGAGCUGCUAUCCUCAUCCAGAACUGGUACCGCUUUACAAUGGCCCGGCUAGAGAUGAGGCGCCGCUAUUCUCUGAGUAUCUUUCAAUCAAUUGAAUAUGCAGAUGAGCAAGAUCAACUACAGCUAUCCAACUUCUUUACAUUCAUGCUGGAUCACUGUGCUCAUCCUGACUCAGUUUCUCACAUUUUCACCAGCCCUAGUGUUUCUCAGGUGGUGGAUGAAGGCUUAUAUUUAACAGAAUUUGAAAAGAAGAUUGAUGUUCCAGACUCCUAUUAUGGACCACGACUCUCAUUCCCCCUUACUGUUGAAGAUGCCAAUGCUCUUCUUCAUGCUUUCAGGAAUGAACAGCUGCUUCAUGCCCGCUAUGUACUGCAGCUAUUAUAUGAAACUAGGAGAGUUCUCAAAGAGAUGCCAAAUAUCACCCAUCUUUCAACUUCCUACUCCAAGGAGAUAACUGUCUGUGGAGAUUUGCAUGGAAACCUGGAUGAUCUUUUGCUGAUAUUCUAUAAGAAUGGUCUGCCUUCAGAACAAAACCGUUACGUCUUUAACGGUGAUUUUGUUGACAGAGGGAAAAAUUCUAUGGAAAUACUUAUAAUACUGUUUGCAUUUCUUCUUAUCUACCCCAAUGAUUUACACUUGAAUAGAGGAAACCAUGAAGACUACAUCAUGAACCUGAGAUACGGCUUCACAAAAGAAGUUUCGAAGAAGUACAAGGACCAUGGGCAACAGAUUUUGCGUCUUCUGCGAGACGUCUUUAGCUGGCUUCCCCUUGCCACUAUAAUUGAUAGCAAAGUUCUUAUCCUACAUGGAGGGAUUUCAGACACCACAGAUUUGGAUUUCCUGAGUGCACUUGAGAGAAAUAAGUUGAAAUCUUUGAUGCGGCCACCAAAGUCAGUGAGAGACAGACAGGACCAACUGAAGGAGAGAAUUCCCACCACCAGACCCAGUAAACACACUGCAGGGAAAACACAACACAUCUCUUUAUCGGGCUGUGCUGAGCCUUCAGGCUCAAAUUUGCCUCCAGACCCCGCCCUGAAGGAAUGGAAACAAAUCCUUGACAUUCUCUGGAGCGAUCCAAGAAGCCAGAAUGGCUGUACACCAAACAAGUGUCGAGGAGGAGGUUGUUACUUUGGUCCCGAUGUCACUGCCAAGCUGUUUGAAAGGUAUAAUCUAAAGAUGCUCAUCAGGUCUCAUGAAUUCAAGCCAGAAGGUUAUGAGAUCAGUCACAAUGGGAAGGUUAUCACUAUAUUUUCUGCCUCUAACUAUUAUGAAGAGGGAAGCAACCGGGGAGCAUACAUCAAACUGAAUCCUGAACUGAUUCCUCGGUUUGUACAGUACCAAGUCAGCAAGUACACACGCAGGCAGAAUCUUCGGGAGAGGGUGGGUACAAUUGAAUCAUCUGCCUUAAAGUGCUUACGAGAGAAGAUUUAUGCUCACAGGUCUGAACUCACUAGUGCUUUUGCACAGUAUGACCUCAACGGCACAGGCAGGAUUUCUGUCAAUGACUGGGCUGCAGUGAUGGAGUCUGUCCUACAGCUGGAACUGCCCUGGAGGAUGCUGCGCUCGCAGUUAGCACAGAUGACCCCAGAUGGAGAAGUUGACUUCAUGUCAUGUUUUUAUGACUUGAAAAUAGGUCAACCUAUAAAAGAGGUUCAGCCAGCUUUGGUGGAAACACUGUGCAGAUACAGAAAGGAUCUGGAGAUCAUCUUUAAUGUCAUUGACAAAGAUCACUCAGGUCUGAUUUCUCUUGAGGAGUUUGGCCAUACAUGGAAACUCUUCGCUUCUCACCUGGGCAUUGAGGUGUAUGAUGAAUCCCUCGACAAGUUAGUCCUCAGCAUAGACUACAACAAAGAUGGCCACAUUGACUUCAAUGAGUUUUUAGAGGCCUUUCAUGUGGUUCAUAGACUAGAGAAGAAGGCAAACUCAUGA